CAAGCUGAACAGCAAGACAACACGGUCUUAACCAAUGUACAAUGAUUUACUGCACAACAUAACACUAUAUCAAUAUAACUGAACAACAAUCUAAGAACUGCCUUACCAGCACUUUGCCCCCUCUGCUCCCUGUAACCAGAUUGGAAAACCUCCUAAGAAUUAAUACAUCAUGGCCGAGUGGAGUAAGAAGUUAUCCGUUGUACCGGUUAUUAGCAGUGCAGUAUUAUCGCUGAUCCUUACGGUGCAAUGUCAAGCUCCCACCAGCUCGGGGAAUUCUGCAGGUUACAUCCCGACGUGCCCGCCGGAUUCCAAACCCGUCUGCCUGACCAUCCGCGCCUGGUGUGAUCCGCGCUUCGACCAGUGUCCCGGUGUGCCAGCCGCCCAGUGUGUCGUUAACUGCGAUAACUGCGGUAUUAAAUGGUACCUGAACGGACAGGAUGUUUCCGCGCAGUGCCAGGCCAAUACUACCGUCACCACUGCCCUUCCCACCACUACCACUCUUCUUCCCACCACUGUCUGUCCACCGGAGAACAGUUGCCCCGCUGGGACACCGGUUGUCCAGUGUUUUGUGGAGCCGUGCCGCGGGAAGACGUGUGCAAAGAACUCCUACGCGACGUGUUGUAAUAACUACUGUGGAGGGUGUAACGCGUAUUUUUAUGAUAAUACCGGCAAGAAUGUUACUGCAACUUGUUAAGGGCCGGUGAAUUUCAAAUGGUUUAGGUGUAUCGUGUUAUCUUGUGCAUCUCUGAAGCAUUUAUAGCGGUGAAGAUCUAUAGAAGUAUUGUAAUUUUCAAACUGUACGACAGCUUUUUUGGCAGAUCAGUUUUCCAGUAAGAAAACGUAAUUUCGUUAGCUGUAUUUAUGACUUUCCAUCCCGAUCAGCAUUUACUUUUGAUGUUACUACAUCGAACAUUCUCCUGUUGACGCUCAUCUCUUUUUUUACACCUUUUGUUAUUUUUAAUUUGCCAAAUCUCAGCAACCGGAAUUCUAUGUAUAAAAUUUGUUAUUACUUCAAAAACUACUUAAGAAAUCAGGCUAUAAUUUUUGUUUG